GCUAUCCGAGUGCUGGGACUGCUUGGUGCACUGGACCCAUUCAAACACAAGCUGAACAUGGGGAUGAUCGAUGACUUCAGUGAUUCAGGAGCAGUUGUCAGCAUCAGUGUGGUUCCACCAGAAAGUCAAGAGCUGAGUGCCAGCGAGAUGCUGGUGAGCAUGGGCGGGAGCUUGGAAGAGUUCUACCCAGCCAUGGUGGUGUCGACGCUCAUGCGCAUCAUGCGUGACCCCACACUCAGCCAGCAUCACACCAACGUCGUUCAGGCGGUCGUGUUCAUCUUCCAGAGCCUCGGCUUACGUUGCGUCCCAUAUGUUCCUCAGGUGCUGCCAGCACUGCUUAAUGUGGUACGCACUGUGGAUGCAAGCUUCAGGGAGUUCCAUUUCCGACAGCUUGGCCAGCUGAUUGCCAUUGUGAAGCAGCACAUCCGCAAUUACUUGGAUGACAUCUUUGCCCUGAUUAAGGAGUUUUGGGCAGUGAACAGCCCAAUCCAGCUGACCAUCAUCAUGGUGGAGCAGAUUGUGAGCUCCCUUGGCUCAGACUUCAAGGUGUACCUGCCCAAGUUGGUGCCCCAUGCCCUCAAGGUCUUCAUGCACGACAUGAGCGCAGACAGGGCCGUCACUGCUAAGCUGCUGACGGCACUGCAGAAAUUUGGUUGCAACCUCGAUGACUACCUGCACCUUAUACUGCCUCCCAUUGUCAAGCUGUUUGACUCACCAGAUGUCCCUAAGAACGUCGAGCGUAACACUGCAUUGGAAACCAUUGAUAUUCUCUCGGAGUCACUUGACUUUUCGGAGUUUGCAGCCCGUAUCAUUCAUCCCUUAGUCCGGACCCUUGACACCACUCCUGACUUGCGCUCACAGGCUAUGGACACCUUGUGUGCUAUGGUUGUCCAGCUGGGCAAAAAGUACAAGAUUUUUUUACCAUUGGUUACCAAAGUUAUCGACAACCACAAGAUUGUGCACCAGCGGUACAAUUCUCUCGUCACUAAAAUCAUACGAAGUACCAGUCUUAUAGAUGAUGACGAAAUGUUUGGUGUGGACAAACGGCAACCCAGAAGCAGACAGCAGUCGGAGGACCAGCCUGCAUCAAACACCGAGAUCACAACAGUCAAGAAGCAGAAAGUUUGUUCGGCCAAUUUGGAGCGGUUGUGGACACCAGCCAAGAGAGUUUCCAAGGAUGACUGGUUGGAAUGGCUCAGAAGGCUAAGCAUUGAGCUUCUCAAGGCCUCACCGUCACCGGCCCUUCGCUCCUGUUGGUCCCUCGCUCACAGUUACAACCAGCUCCCCAAGGACCUAUUCAAUGCUGCCUUCUUGUCCUGUUGGGUGUGCCUCAGUGAGAAUGACCAGAAAGAGAUAAUAGAGAACUUCCAGAAGGCUCUGAUGGAUCAGGAUAUUCCAGAGAUCACCCAGACAUUGCUCAACUUGGCUGAGUUCAUGGAGCACUGUGAAAAAGGACCGCUUCCACUUGAUCAGAAGUUGCUUGGUGAGCGUGCCCAGAAAUGUCGUGCAUAUGCUAAAGCACUUCACUACAAGGAGGACGAGUUUCACAGGGGUCCUACUACGGAAGUGCUGGAAGCUUUGAUUAGCAUCAACAACAAGUUGCAGCAGCCAGAAGCUGCCGCUGGUGUCUUGGAAUAUGCAACCAAGUGUCAUGCAACGGACCUGAGAGUGAAGGAGCGCUGGUAUGAGAAGCUACACGAUUGGGAGAAUGCACUGCGGGUCUAUGGAAGGGCACGAGAGCAGAAGCCAGAUGACGUGGAACUCAUCUUGGGCCAGAUGAGGUGUCUGGAAGUUCUCGGCGAGUGGGAACAGCUGUACCAAUUGGCGAGUGAAAACUGGGGCCAUAGUUUAUACAGCAACCAACAAAAGAUGGCUCGCAUGGCAUCCGCAGCUGCUUGGGGUCUUGAAAAGUGGGACACCAUGGAGGAGUAUGUGCAGGUGAUCCCUCGUGAUACCACCGACAGUGCCUUUCACCAAGCAGUCCUUGCCGUACACAAGGAAAACUUCCAAGGGGCACAGCAGUUCAUUGACAAAGCAAGAGACCUGAUAGACACAGACCUUACUGCCAUGGUUGGAGAAAGCUAUAGCCGAGCGUAUGGGGCAAUGGUGCAAGUGCAGAUGUUGGCUGAACUGGAGGAAGUAAUUCAGUACAAGCUUGUGCCCGAACGAAGGGAAGCAAUCAAACAGAAAUGGUGGGACAGGCUGCAGGGUUGUCAGAGGAUUGUCGAGGACUGGCAGAGGAUAUUGCAGCUUCAUUCAUUAGUUGUAAAGCCCAAGGAUGACAUGCGCAGCUGGCUGAAAUUCAGCAGCCUGUGCAGGCGGAAUGAACGGCUGGCUCAGUCCCACAGAACACUGGUCACACUCUUGGGGACAGACCCUUCUCUAGUGCCAAACCAGCCUCUGCCUACGGCUUACCCUGCUGUAACGUUUGCCUAUAUCAAACACAUGUGGCAGAGCCAUCAGAAGGAGAAUGCUUUGAGGCAGCUGCACCACUUUGUCCAAACAGAGCUUCCAGCCAACAGCACCUUGAACCACCUGUGCCUACCUGUCCCCAAUGACAAUGCACAGCGUAGUGAACACCAGAAGCUCCUAGCCAGGUGUUACCUGAAGCUUGGACAGUGGGAGGAAUGUAUGCAGGGCAUCAAUGAGACCUCAAUCCCCAUGAUCUUACGCUACUAUCAGUUGGCCACAGAACAUGACAAUGACUGGUACAAGGCUUGGCAUGCAUGGGCUUACAUGAACUUUGAGGCUGUCUUGUUCUUCAAGCACCAAGCUCAGCAGAGCAACAAUGCCAGUGCACAGCCUCUGCAGCAGCAGCCACUCCAACAGGUUGGGGCUGGUGAAACUGCAAGCUAUGCUGGUGACUGCCCUAGAACUGGUCUGACAGCUCAGCACAUCAAGGACUACACAGUACCUGCCGUAAAAGGGUUCUUUCGGUCAAUUGCCCUGUCUCAUGGAAGCACUCUACAGGACACACUCAGGCUGCUGACCCUGUGGUUUGACUAUGGUCACUGGCCUGAGGUGAAUGAGGCCCUGGCCGAGCGGGUGAACAAGGCCCCAAUGGAGACUUGGCUUCAGGUGAUACCACAGCUCAUUGCCCGCCUUGACACCCCCCGACCUUUGGUGGCAGGACUUGUUCAUGAGCUGCUGGGAGAAGUGGGACGCAAACACCCACAGGCCCUCAUCUACCCCCUAACUGUGGCAUCCAAGUCUGCACUUCCUGCCCGCAGCCGAGCAGCAUUACGUGCCCUUGGUGUUAUGCGGGAGCACAGUGCCAGGCUUGUCAAUCAGGCUAUAACAGUGAGUGAAGAGCUCAUACGUGUGGCCAUCCUGUGGCACGAGCUGUGGCACGAAGGCCUGGAAGAGGCCUCUCGGCUCUACUUUGGGGAGCGCAAUGUCAAGGGCAUGUUUGCCACCUUGGAGCCCCUGCACGCCAUGAUGGAGCGAGGGCCACAGACACUGCGAGAGACAUCUUUCCACCAGGCCUAUGGUCGAGACUUGGCAGAGGCAUUGGAGUGGUGCAAGAAGUACCAACGUUCUUUGAAUGUCAAAGAUCUGACUCAGGCUUGGGACCUCUACUACCACGUGUUCCGUCGCAUCUCCAAGCAACUGCCUCAGCUCACCUCCCUGGAGCUGCAGUAUGUGUCACCAAAACUCCUCAUGUGCCGUGACUUUGAGCUGGCUGUGCCAGGCAGCUACAACCCAAACCAGCCUGUCAUCCGCAUUGCUCGCAUUGAGAGUUCACUCCAGGUCAUCACCAGCAAACAGAGGCCCAGGAAGUUGUGCAUCAAGGGCAACAAUGGCAAAGACUACAUGUUCUUGUUGAAGGGACAUGAAGACUUGAGGCAAGAUGAAAGAGUUAUGCAGCUGUUUGGCCUUGUCAAUACACUGCUGGUCAAUGACCCAGAAACAUCACGUAGGAAUCUGACCAUUCAACGUUACUCAGUCAUCCCGUUAUCCACAAACAGUGGGCUGAUUGGUUGGGUGCCUCACUGCGACACUCUGCAUACCCUCAUUCGAGAUUAUAGGGACAAGAAGAAGAUUUUGCUCAACAUUGAACAUCGAAUCAUGCUAAGGAUGGCACCGGACUAUGAUCACCUGACUCUCAUGCAAAAGGUGGAGGUCUUUGAGCAUGCCCUUGAGCACACCAAUGGUGAUGACUUGGCCAAGCUGCUCUGGCUGAAGAGCCCCAGCUCAGAGGUGUGGUUUGAUCGGCGCACCAACUACACGAGGUCAUUGGCUGUCAUGUCCAUGGUUGGCUAUGUACUUGGACUUGGAGACAGACAUCCUUCCAAUUUAAUGUUGGACCGGCUGAGUGGAAAGAUUUUGCACAUAGACUUUGGAGACUGCUUUGAAGUCGCCAUGACUCGUGAGAAGUUUCCAGAGAAAAUUCCUUUUCGACUUACACGCAUGCUCAUCAAUGCCAUGGAGGUGACUGGCAUUGAGGGCACGUAUCGAAUGACCUGUGCAAAGGUGAUGAAGGUGCUGCGUGGGAACAAAGACAGCCUUAUGGCUGUCCUUGAAGCCUUUGUCUAUGACCCUCUGCUCAACUGGAGGUUGAUGGAUGCUCAGCCAAAAGUGAAACAUUCUAAAACAAGAGGUGGCUCAGCCCCUUGCAGCCAUGACCAAGGAGAUAUCCUGGAAGCUGUGGAUAUUGGCUCCCAGCCCACUGCAAAGAAGGCAGUUGAUGCGAUUUCUGGUAUUGGUGAUGGUGAAGGUGGCCAGCCAGAGGCUCUGAACAAGAAGGCUUUGGCCAUAAUCAACAGGGUGCGAGAUAAGCUUACAGGGCGAGAUUUCGCACCAGAUGAGACUUUGGAUGUUCCUGAACAAGUAGAACUUUUGAUAAAGCAGGCGACUUCACACGAAAACCUGUGCCAGUGUUAUAUUGGAUGGUGCCCGUUUUGGUGAAACUAAGGGUACGGGUGAAAAGAAGAUGCAUCCACAAACGUCUUGGGAGAUCCUGUUGGGCGAUGCUGGACGGGGAGCUGUUUGUUGUUGGAUGGACUCUAUAUCUUUGUGCAGCAUGGUGUAAAUUGUUAUCUUUCUUCUGUCCUGAACUCUUAGACAUCAGAGUUACAGAUAAAGUGUACAUUGUUAUCAACA